AUGUAUGCUGAUGACAUGGUACUUCUCUCCCCAACUGCUGAAGGUCUACAAGAAAAACUCGAUAUACUAAGUACAUACUGUAAGGACUGGUGUCUCAAAGUUAAUACAAAGAAAACAAAAAUUAUAGUCUUCAAUUCAUCUGGUAAACACGUUAAAAUUCCCUUCCAUCUGGAUAACAACAAUAUUGAAUGUGUUAAACAAUACAAGUAUCUGGGUCUGACUGUUAAUGCAUCUGGAACACUAAGUAAUGCUAAAAAUGAUUGUUGUAACAAAGCCAAAAAAGCCUAUUUCAAACUUCAAAAAGACUUUCUCACAUUUAAUCCAUCAAUUAGAACUGCUUUAAAUGUAUUUGACCACACUAUUAAACCCAUUAUCCUGUAUGGUUCAGAGUUAUGGGUUUUUUUUGACCCAACAACCUCUAAAUUUAAGAGAAAUCCAAAUAUAACACUAGACAAAAUAUACCAAAGCUUAGAAGGCGAAAUUCUAAAUCUUAAAUUUUACAAACAUUUACUAAUGGUUCAUGGUAAAAGCAGCAAUUUUGCUGUAAGAUCCGAGCUAGGACGUUUGAAUUUACAUUUUGAUGUCAUUAAAAAUAUGUUGUUAUACUGGCAUAGAUUAGAGAAUCUAGAUGGUGAAUUUCCCUUGCUUAGUGAGGCUUUUAACUGCUCUAAAACACUACACCAAAAUGGUUUUACUUCAUGGUAUUCUUGUGUUAACUUCUUACUUAACCAUAUUGAUAUUAAAAUUAGUGAUUUCCUAGGUCUAUACGUGAAAUGCUUAAGGAAUAAGGCGAUAUCUGACGGCCAGGGUGUGGAACCUACCAUUGUUAAAGAAAAUGUCUCCACAGCUCUUGUUGAUGGAAACAAUAUUCUCGGGCCAGCCAUUGGCAAGUUUGCAUUGGAAUUGGCGAUGAAAAAAGCGAAACAGUCAGGGAUAGCAAUGGUCAGUGUUAGAGGAUCGUCUCAUUUUGGUAUCGCCGGAUGGUACGGACUUCAAGCAAUAGAACAGGGGAUGAUAGGCAUGGCUUUCACAAACACAUAUCCAAUGCUGGUUUCAACAAGGUCAAAAGAGAUGGUUGUAGGUACGAAUCCUAUAUCACUUGGUGCCCCAGCAAACAAUGGAGACAACUUUGUUUUAGACAUGGCAACAACAGCUACUGCCCUGGGAAAGGUAGAACUUAAAGGAAAGUUAGGACAGCCAUUACCGAGUGGUUGGGCCAUAGACAAAGAUGGGAAGGAAACUAAAGAUCCGAAGGCAUUCCAAGGCCUGUUGCCGCUAGGUGGGGCUGAAGAAAGUGGUGGUUACAAAGGCUAUGGUCUAUCCAUGAUGGUUGAAGUAUUGUGUGGCAUAUUAAGUGGUUCAGCAUUUGGUCUCAACACUGGGAACUGGAAGAAAGGAGAGGGUGCAGUUAAUUAUGGCCAAUGCUUUAUAGCCAUAGAUCCCAGCAGUUUCGCUGAUGGUUUCACAGACAGAAUGACUCAGCUGAUUGAUCAAUGUAGGAGUGUGGAACCUCUGGAUCCUGGUUUACCUGUGCUGAUCCCUGGAGACCCGGAGAGACAACACGCUCAGCGCUGUAAGGAACUGGGUGGAAUUCCCUACUCACAAGAAACCUUCACUAAUGCGAAUGAGAUCGCUAAACAACUUGGUGUUGAACCAUUAAAAGCAAGGACUGCUUAAUUGUAAUUUAAAUAAAAAUAUCUUUUUCAUUUUAAUUACCAUAUAUAUUCUUUGAUACCAAAGAUGAUUUAUGAAUAUAAAAAAGAAGGAUCC